AUGAUAAUCCCUUCUGAGAAUGUCCCUGCGUCGCCGCCAGAAUCUCCCACACCUUCUGUUUCCUCCACACCACCAUCUCGGCUACGGAAUGCGUUCAUGUCUGGUCUCCAUAACAUUGAUAUCCCGUUUCAUAGGACGUGGGGAAGGCACCAAGUUCUCCGCUGCCUAAACACUGAUCGAAAGGAUACCAUAAAUCAGUCUGAACGCAAUCACCAAUCGGAUGAUCUUCGAGAACGCAAUCACAUUCCUCCUUCAAAUUCGCCUUCCAUUGUGACUCGGCCGUGUAAUCGAAGAAGAACCAGGAGGGUGCCGAUUCUCAAAAUCCCUUGCAGCGAUGUUUCUCCUCCACCACCACCAGCUCCGUUACGGAAGAGCAUGCGGAAGAGGUCCGUCCGUCUGAUAUAUGACAAUGCUUCUCCACCACCACCACCACCAACACCUCUGUCGCGUAAGAGCGUGCGAAAGAGAUCCGUCCGUCUCAUGCCUGACAAUCUCGAGAAGCGAGAGCAUUGUCCUAAGAUCUCAAUUUCUCUCUCACGCAAAGAGAUCGAAGAGGACUACUACACAUUGACUGGAUUGCCCCCAUGUAAACGUCCUAAGAAGCGACCGAGAGUCAUAAAAAAACAGCUUGAUCAACUGCUCCCUGGCUCGUUGCUGCCCUCCAUCACACCAUCUAAAUAUGAUGUGCCAGAUUAGCCUAAGCUCUUUUGACGUUCCACGAAUGCUGGAUUUCUUUCAGGAUACAUUGAGAGGCCAACUUCUGCUCCUCGUUCAAUAUUUAUAUAUAUGCUAAGUAUGCAUUAAUUGGCUGGUUUUUAUGUAAGUACGUAAAGGGCAUUGCAGUGGUCGAUGUCCCUCAUUGGAAUUUGCUUAUGUAUUCCAAGCUAAAAUAAAAAAUGCCAUCGAACAGUGUUUAUUUAAUGUGCUUUUUUUUAUUGUUUAUUGCUGCAUCAGUGAAGGAAGUUCUCUUUUGGUUAUAUUUGGUUUGU